AUGGCGCUGACACAGCAAAAAGUUGGUAUUCGUACUCAUCAGCAGCAGGUAAUUGUAUCGCAGUCACGAAUUUCUCAGUCCUGCAGCAAUCUAUAGGUGAUAGCCCACAAUCUGAUCGAAAUACCUAAUUCACCCUGUUUCUACCCUGCUCAACCAUGUUUUAACCAUCGCAGUGGGUGAAUUUGGGACACGACCAUGUUAUCGGGUGAAGGCACCGGUGACUGUAACCCGGUAUGGGGUCCACAGUGUGCAUUCAUCGGAUACUCGGCCCCUAGCCCGUGCUGGGUCUUCAUAGUCAACUUGGUGAUGAAGAAGUGGGGGACAACUGACCAGCGAUUACAGAUUCGCACGCGCCGUGAAACGUAUACCGCGCUGCCUACGCACGGCAGCGGGAUCCGGGUGCGUACACAAUUCGACGUCGCUGCGGGUAGUGGGGUGCUAAUGAGUUAAUUGUAGGCGGAGAUGAUGGACGAGGAU